UCGAAUGCGCCCUACAAAUUCAGCACGCGGGAGUGUUUUCCACCACGAUUCAUUUUCUCUCAUCCUUUUUGGCAUCUACAUUAUCAUCCCUGUGUAAUCGUCUGAAGUUUUGUCGCUAAAUCAUUGCGUGCCCGAACCCUUCACCAGAACAUAACUUCAAACACCAUGAGCACCUCCCAGCAAGACACUGCAAGCAACGAAAUGGCACAGGGCAAGGGCAACAAAUCCGAUAAGACUCGACGUAGUUGGUCGAUGCGAGAAGAGGAGGUGCUACUUGGGGCAAUGAAGGAGCUUGUGGUGCAGGGUUGGAAGUCGGAUAACGGCUUCAGAGUUGGGUAUCUAGGAAAGUUGGAAGAGUCGGUAAAGCAUGUGUUACCAGGGACGGAUCUCAAAGGUAUACCGCACAUCCAUUCGAGAAUUUCAACGUGGAAAAAGAACUAUAAUUCUCUGGUACUUAUUUUGGGGAAGACUGGUGUGGGUUUCAAUGUCGACGGUAGGCACAUGAUAGACUGUGAUGCAGAGCUUUGGGCUGAGAUCCUAAAGGUUGACCCCAACGCACGCAAGAUGAAUACUAAGAGUUGGCCCCAUUUGGAAGCAUGGAAGGAGAUAUUCGGAAAGGAUCGUGCUACUGGUUUGGCAGCGGAAGAUGCCGCGGAUGCAGUUAACGAAAUGCAGCACGGGGAUGAAGUUGACAAUGAUGGAAUGCAGGGCGAUUACCAUGCACAAUUUGAUACAGAUGCAUAUAAUGAGGAAGCAGAUGACAGUGUGUGCCAACCUACCAAAGUAGGAUGUGCUCCAAGAGCUUCUAGCAAGAAACGUAAGGCUGACCACGCGUACGAUGUUCUUUGCCAAGUCAUAGAAUCAAUGAGCAAGACUGCCAAUGAAAAGAUGGACACGAUGGCAUCGCGAGUUGGGUAUGAGCAGGACUUAAGUGCUGCUAGGAAAGAAAUCUUCACUCAAUUGAGCAACAUGCCCACUUUAACCAUGGAUGACAGAUUUGAGGCAUACGAAAUCCUGGCAGGUGACAAGCAGGCACUUGAAUUGUUUAUGGCACUUCCUCAUGAUGCAAAGCCACCAUAUGUCGUGCGUAUACUCAUGAAGAAGCAACUCUAGGUUAGAUAUAUAUGCAUGUGCU